GAAAUAUCCACCCAUCUGUAUUAUAGGGAAGUAAUGUUGUCAGGUAGGUAUACUACAUGUAUCAUGUGGAUUGGCAAAAAAAGAGAGACACCUGUUUCUGUUUUACUGCAACUCAGCAUCAUACAGGAGGUGUCUUCUGACCUCAGUAGUGAGUACUGUAAGCUGCCAACCUUCAGCUGAAGAUAUGACCUCGUCAUUCCCCGAGGCCUUGCUCAGUGGGGUGAAGAAAUACUCCACCACGUUUGGUUAUGUCCGUCUCUCUGUGGUCUGUGUCUUCCGUGUGUUGGUAUUUGUGUUGGUUGUGCAGCCAGUUUGGGAAGAUAAUUCAAAAGACUUUGAUUGCAACACACUUGAUGCAGACUGCUCUAGUAUGUGCUAUGACCACACUUUCCCCAUAUCUCAUAUUCAUUUAUGGGCCUUCCGGCUAAUCUUAAUAACCUGCCCGUCUCUCAUGUUGGUGUGUUACAUCCAAUUCCAAAAAAAGAAAAGACAAUGCCACUUAGCCGUUCAGGAAGAUAAACAUCUGUAUGCCACCUCAAAAAAGAAGCAUGGUGACCUCUGGUGGACUUAUUUGCUUAGUCAGGUAUUCAAGGCAACCAUUGAUGCUGGUUUCAUUUUCAUCCUGUUCUAUAUCUACAAAGGGUUUGAUUUGCCCCAUCUGAUACAAUGCGAUAUUGCUCCUUGUUCCAAUAGGGUGGAUUGCUACUUGUCCCAUCCAACAGAAAAGAAGAUCUCCACUAUUUUCAUGGUUGCCUCGUCUUCCCUGUGUAUCCUCCUGUGUGUGAUUGAGAUGAUCUACUUGGUGUGUAAGCGCUGUAAUAAAGUUUGUCAUGAACGCAAGCAAGAGCGCAUGCAAUUAUUUGAUGAGCAGAAUGAGCUGAGGGCUCAUUUCCAACUCCGGUGUGAGUGUGAAGUCAUCUCUAUAGCUUUAACAUAA